GUGCUAGCUCGUCUUUUUCUUCACAAUAUUCCAGCUUCUCGAAAAAUGAUAAUGUCGCACUCCUUUAUUAACUCCGGCGCGCACGCGCCCAUCCCGACCGCGCGUGACCUUCCCGCCGCGGUACUAUUUCCCCGUCUCUCAACGAAUUUCCCGGACGAUCCCCGGCGGCAUGCCCGGUUCAGACGGCUCAGUUUGUCCUCCUCUCGAGGCAGGACCUCUAUUGCUGCUGCGUUUGAUUUUAAAGGUGGACAAGGGAUGAACAAUUUUCACGAUGUUGAACUUGAAGUUCGGGACUAUGAAUUGGAUCAAUACGGCGUCGUAAAUAAUGCUAUUUACGCAAGUUACUGCCAACAUGGUGAGACUGAUCUGUUCAUGUAUUUGUGGCAUUUGGAUUCUUAUAGAUUCUCUACUACAGAUUUAAUGAUCUUUUCUGGUCGUCAUGAACUUUUGCUGAGAAUGGGUGUGAGUGCAGAUGAAGUCGCCAGAGCUGGUGAUGCGUUAGCUCUAACUGAAUUGUCACUCAAGUUUAUUGCACCUUUAAGGAGUGGAGACAGGUUCCUUUUGCGGGUUAGGGUAUACGACUCUUCUGCUACUCGGAUGUUCUUCGAACAUUUCAUCUACAAGCUUCCCAAUUUAGAGCCCAUCUUAGAAGCAAAGGCCACAGCAGUUUGGCUCGAUAAGAAUUACCGUCCAGUUCGUAUUCCUGUGGAUGUAAAAGCUAAGUUUACACAGUUCCUUAGACAUGGAGACACAAACUGAUGAAUUUUUCUCUCGGCUAAAUUCGGUUGGCAUCAUGAUUGGAUUUUGCAGUGGGCCCCUUUCAAAACAUCGUAUGUUUUAAUUUCAGGAAAACACAAAUGAAGGAUUUUAAAUGCUGAAAACCUGGAACCAUUCAUGGUGGGAAAUAAAUGCCCGAAAAUGCCAGAAGUUUUCUGGUUUGUGAAUGAAGAUUUCAGUAUUUAUGGAUUAAUGUUUCGAAUGAUAAACGAGCACAUGUAAAUAUUGUAUUUAGAAAAAAGUAAAUAACUUCAAAAAAAGAAUAGAUCUCGCACUCAUAUUCAACCAGUUAAUACGAUUUAUAUACAGAGUUGUUUGGUAAUCUCAACAUAAAUGUAGGGUUAUGAAAGCCAAAAUCUGAGAUGCUAUUAGAGACUUAAGACUUACAAAUUUGUGUUCUAU